AAAAAAUAAAAAAAUAAAGGGAAAAUCUAUAUAUAAUGAGAAUAUCAUAAAAUUCUAAAAAGAAAUUACUGUUACAAAUAAUGAAGUUGAUUUAAUCAUACUAAAAGUAUACUUUAACGUUGCGUUGUUUAUGUAAUCUAAAAUACUCUGAAGAAUUUGUUAUUGUCUUUAUAUGGAUAAAGCCUCCAUUGAAGUAAUAAAUGGCGCUUAUUUUUGAAGUGUUAUAUUAAAGGAUAUAUAUGUAUAAACUAAAUAAUGAAUUCAGUCUUAACGCAUAUUCGGAUACUACGUGGAUUGUUUCUUAUAAUUGUAAUUGUGUGUAUCGGAACAUAUUCGGAUAUGGGUAAAAAUUCAUCGCCUCAGAAUCUAUUUAGUAAUGGUAGAUCUCAAUUUGCCACUAAAAAUAAUUCUCGCAUUAUUGCUCAAAAAGGUGGCUUAGCCGUUUUACCUUGUGUUGUCAAAUUAAAUUCACCAGCAACGGUCUCUUGGAUAAGAAGAAGAGAUUUUCAGCUGUUGACUGUUGGUCUUUCGACGCACAGCAGUGAUAAACGCUUUCUUGUAGAGCAUACUCGACACAUGGGACAUUGGUCUCUGCGAAUAAAAUCAGUCCGUGAAGAAGAUCGGGGCCUAUACGAGUGUCAGCUAUCUAUAUAUCCAACACAGUCAAUUUUUAUCGAACUUAAAGUAGUUGAAGCCAUUGCUGAAAUAACUGGCGCACCCGAUAUACAUAUUGACGAAGGUUCAACUCUACGACUGGAUUGUAAACUGAAACGAGCAACGGAAAGUCCAGCUUUUGUUUUCUGGUAUCACGACAGCAAAAUGGUGAAUUAUGAUGCUCAAGAUGGAUUUUUCGUGAAAUCAAACCUUUUAAAGGAGCCACCAAUUUUGGAUAGCAAUGUGGGGAAAACUGAUGAAGUAUUCAUUAGGGCACUUAAUAAAUCAAUAUCACAAUCUCAGUCUUCACGAAUGCCGCCACCAACGGGAUUUUUACUGCCAACAUCCAUAAGUACUUUGAUAAUCCAGAAGGUGCAUUUUCAUCAUGCGGGAAAUUAUACAUGCGCUCCCUCAAAUGCUAGAUCGGCUAGUAUUUCAGUCCACGUAUUACAAGAUGAGAAACCUGCCGCCAUGCAACACUUUAAUCGCACAAUUAUGGAGAAUGAUAGUGGAAUAAACAGUUUCAAUGCAUCCGGCAUAAAUACAACAAGUAACUCUUCAUUUUUAAGUAUCGAAAAUUGUUAUUAUCAAAUUAUAUUACUAUACGUAUUCCGAGUUUAUGUUAAAUCAAUUAGAAGAUCUUUGUAUUAUAUUCAAACGUACUUUAAAGUUUUAAAUAUUAAUAGAUGA